UCAAUUCCCAUAAUCAUAUUUCUUUAUAUAUUUAUAUGUAUAUGUAUAUAAACACUAGAGUUUGUCUGUCAUCCACUCCUCCAUGGGAAUUCAUACAAUGAAGGUACAUCAAUCACUGACACGUGGACGAUUCUGGGAUCACCACCCCUCCCCCCUCCACUGCAACCGCCUCCGACCGAUCCCUGCCACCGCCACCGCCGCCGCCGCCGCCGCCACCUUCGACCUCAAGAGCUUCAUCAGACCUGAGAGUGGUCCUCGAAUAACCCUAUCCUCGGAUUCUCAGAACAAAGAAUCAGCUCAGGUGGAAGGAGGCGGGACAAGAUGGAACCCGACCCCGGAACAAAUUGCACUACUAGAAAUGUUGUACAGACGAGGAAUGCGCACACCAAAUGCCGAACAAAUCGAGCAAGUCGCGGCUCAACUCAGCAAAUACGGCAAGAUCCAAGCCAAGAAUGUCUUCUAUUGGUUCCAAAACCACAAAGCGCGCGAGAGGCAGAAGCGCAAGCGCAAUACCCUCGGCCUCGGCCUCGCGACCUCGCCGGCUUUCUCAAAUUCCUUCACUUCUGCUUCUCUUCUCUUGUCUACUCUCAAGCAGGGAGGAGACAUAGACGAGGGAUCAUUCGACAGCAAGAGGAAGUGCAGAUCACAGACAUGCUUUGAAGAAGACAGCAGAUCAGAAGAUCAAGAAUGGCGUAAGGAAGACGAUGGACAUGAGAAUUUAAAGACCCUCCAACUCUUCCCUUUGCACCCUGAAGGGAGAAAACCCUAAUCAAAUCAAUCGAUUAAUUAAUUAAAUAAAUCAUUCUGAAAUGUUUGUAUUUUGUUGUUAGACUGCAUUGGGUUCUGGUUUGAUCAUUUUUCUUUUGCUGUUCCUUUGUCCUUUUCUUCCAGAAGGAAUAUAUAAAAGUCACUUUGUUGUAUCGGUC